GCAUCACCAUAGUCACAAAAAGAGAAAAGAUGAGAUGUUAAAAAAUAAUAUUCACCCGCAGAGCUGGUUUGGACUAGUUUACGGUACUGUUGCUGGGCGGGUUAGGAGAGCUCGGUAGUUACCAUAGCAUUUGAACGUAGCACAAGUCCGUGGCGGAGCACAAGCAGUAAAGCGGCACUGAGCUGACAGCAUCGCCGCUCUCCUCCUUCUGGAUACAAAGCUCCGUCCCAGCGGGGUUAUCAUUAUGGAUACGCCGGGGAGGAUAGCAACUACACCGGAUGCUUUGGACUUCACGGUGGAAAACGUAGAAAAGGCCCUUCACCAGUUGUACUAUGAUCCCAACAUUGACAACAAGAAUCUGGCCCAGAAGUGGCUCAUGCAGGCCCAGGUCUCUCCUCAGGCUUGGCAAUUCUGCUGGGCUCUGCUCAGCCCAGACAAGGUGCCGGAGAUCCAGUAUUUUGGCGCAAGCGCACUUCACACCAAGAUCUCCCGCUACUGGUCAGACAUUCCCAGCGAUCAGUAUGAGUCUCUGAAGAGCCAGUUGUUCUCUCAGAUCGCCUGCUUCUCCGCGGGCUCCAAAAUGGUGCUCACGCGGCUGUGCGUGGCCCUGGCCUCGCUGGCGCUCAACACAAUGCCCGAGGCCUGGCCUGGCGCCGUGGCCGAGAUGGUGCGGGUGUUCCAGGAAGAGGGGGGAGGGGUGGACGGGCGAGCACGGUGCCUGGCACUGCUGGAGCUGCUCACCGUUCUUCCCGAGGAGUUCCAGACCAGUCGCUUGCCACAGUACCGAAAGGGGCUGGUCCGGGGCGCCCUGGGGCAGGAGUGGGGGUCGGUGUGUCCCCUACUGCAGCAACUUCUGCGAAGGACGGACAGCCCCGGAGCCGUGAAAGCUCGCGUGCUCCGCUGCCUGUCCUCCUGGGUGCUGCUGGACGUUCCCCUUAGUGAGAGCGAGGGCCUGGUGCAAGACUGCUUCAGCGCCCUGCCCGACCCCGAGCUCUUCGACACCGCCGUGGAGGCAUUGGUUAACACCAUUUCACAGCCUGACUCCCAAAGAUACGUGAACACUUUGCUGAAGCUGGUUCCUCGAGUGCUGGCUCUUCAGGAUCAGCUCAGAGAGGCCGUCCAGAACGGAGACAUGGAGACGUGCCAUGGGAUCUGCCGUAUUGCCGUCACCCUGGGAGAGAACCACUCCAGGACUCUUCUGGAGCAGGUGGACCACUGGCAGAGCUUCCUGGCUCUAGUCAACAUGAUCAUGUUUUGCACAGGCAUCCCUGGCCACUAUCCAGUCAAUGAGACCACCAGCUCCCUCACACUCACCUUCUGGUAUACACUACAAGAUGAAAUCAUAUCAUUUGAGUCUGACAAGCAAGCGGUGUACCUCCAAGUCUACAGGCCAGUGUAUUUCCAGCUGGUGGACGUCCUGCUCCACAAAGCACAGUUCCCCUCAGACCAAGAGUAUGCGUCCUGGUCCUCGGAUGAGAAAGAGCAGUUCCGCAUCUACAGGGUGGAUAUCUCAGACACGCUAAUGUACGUGUACGAGAUGCUGGGUGCCGAGCUGCUGAGUAAUCUGUAUGACAAACUGGGACGGCUGUUGACUAACACAGAGCAGCCCGCAUCGUGGCAGCACACAGAAGCGUUGCUGUAUGGGUUCCAGUCCAUAGCAGAGACGAUAGACGUCAAUUACUCUGAUGUCAUUCCGGGCCUCAUAGGCAUCAUCCCCAGAAUCAACAUCAACAACGUUCAGUUAGCAGACACCGUGAUGUUCACUAUAGGUGCUCUGGCUGAAUGGUUGGCGGACCACCCGGUGAUGCUCAGCAGCGUUCUGCCCCUUGUGCUGCAAGCUCUCGGCAACCCAGACCUUUCUAUUUCCUCUGUGUCAACGCUGAAAAAGAUCUGCAGGGAAUGCAAAUGUGACCUUCCACCUUACGCCACCAACAUAGUCGCUGUGUCUCAGGAGGUUCUCAUAAAGCAGAUCCACAAGACGAGUCAGUGCAUGUGGCUGAUGCAGGCACUUGGCUUCCUGCUUUCUGCGCUGCCUGUGGAGGACAUCCUGAGGAAUCUUCACUCCCUCAUCACCCCUUACAUCCAGCAACUGGAGAAAUUAGCAGAGGAGACGCCUAAUCCAUCCAAUAAGUUAGCUAUCAUCCACAUCUUGGGGCUCCUUUCCAACUUGUUCACCACACUGGACAUCAGCAAGCAGGAUGAUCAAUCAGCAGAUGGCCUAGCUGUUCCUGUCAAAACAGCCCCUCCUCCACCUGGACCCAACCCAGUUGUGGUGGUUUUGCAGCAAGUGUUUGCCCUCAUACAGAAUGUCCUCAGCAAGUGGCUGAAUGACUCACAGGUCGUCGAGGCUGUGUGUGCCAUCUUCGAGAAGUCAGUGAAGACACUGCUGCACGAUUUCGCGCCCAUGGUUUCUCAGCUCAGCGAGAUGCUUGGACAGAUGUAUAGUACGAUUCCUCAAGCCUCCGCCCUCGACCUCACAAGACAGAUGGUGCAUAUUUUUGCUAGCCAGACGGACCACUUCCCACCCAUCAAGUCUCUGUUUGAGCUCGUUACCUCGGUAACGUUGUCCAUCUUCCAGCAAGGACCCAGGGAUCAUCCUGAUAUUGUUGAUUCAUUUAUGCAACUCCAAGCUCAGGCCCUCAAACGGAAACCUGAUUUGUACUUGUCUGAAAGUCUUGACGUGAAAGCGGUGUUCCACUGUGGAGUCCUAUCGCUGAAAUUUCCGGAGGCUCCGACCGUAAAGUCGACGUGUCUGUUCUUUACUGAACUGCUGCCACACUGCUCAGAUGUGCCUCCGGUUGCAAGGGUGGUGCAGGAGGAAGGCAAGCUGUUGAUCCAGGCCCUGCUGGAGGGUAUUGGGGGUGGGGCUUCCCGGAGCUUGAUGGACCAGUUUGCAGAGGUGCUUUUCAGUCUGAACAAGCACUGCUUCUCCCUGCUCACCGUGUGGCUGAAGGUGGCGCUGCAGCCGCCGGGCUUCCCGUCAUCGCGGGUCACAUCGGAACAGAAGGACAACUUCUCACAGCACAUACUCAGCAGAGAACGAGUGAACAAGAGGAGGGUGAAGGACAUUGUAAAGGAGUUCACACUGCUGUGCAGGGGCUUGCACGGUACAGAAUACGCUGCCGAGUACUGACAAGUGGGCACAUGGACCUUCAUUGAAGCCGUGACCUCCAACCUCAGCACUCAAACAGCUGGAUGCCACGACAACACGAACCCAAACAAGGAGAUCACGAUUGUAACAACUGCCCAACCACUGCAGGACAAGACAAGACAGAACAACACUUUCCAGUUGGGCUCCACCGAAGGAUGAAUGGCUCAACAUGAACACUCUUGUGGCUUUAGGGAGGCUGCACCUGGACGCAUGCUGCCUCACGUCUCUCUCUAUCUGUGCCCGUUCUGCCUUCUCUAUGUAGAUCUUCCUGUGGCUCCUUGGUUGUUUGCUGGUGACUAGCAUCCGUAUGACAUGAUAGUGGUAUCGUACGUAGCUACUAGAUGUUCUUAAUCAGGAUGAAACAUGCAAUAUAUAUAAAUAUAUAUAUAUAUAUAUAUAUAUACGUACGCGCAUAUAGAGGGACGGAGGUGCUGCUGCUACUAGAAAGAAAGCAGUGGGCGGCGAGAGAACUGUGCAAGAAAAACACUAUCAUAAUAUUUACUUGUGGAUAACCUGCUUUUGCCAAAUGAUUCAAAGGUUUUGUGAAUUUUGUUCCUCUUUUGUUGCAUAUGAGGAGCGUAGCUGCACUAAAGACAAAGUAAGCGGUCUGCAAGAAUACAUGGAAGUGAAGGGAAUUCAGUGACGGUCACCAGUCACUGUAAUUGUGCAAAAAUAUUCCAGUUGUGCAUAUUAUUAGUCAUGUUGCUGCAUAUGUGUGUGUUCAUACCUGUGUGAAUGGAACAUUUGCGUGUGCACAGAUGUAUCUUUUGCCUGACUCAUUCAGUGCACUUAUAUCGGACCUACCAUACAUACCAACAUAAUCUCCUCCUAUCCUUUACUCAAAAGAUGGUUCUUCAAGCCCGCCUCUCACAUCUCAGCAUCAGGCUGUCAUGAACCAGAUGUUUCAUACUUCUCCUAAGUUGUCAUCGGGAUGUCUUUCACACAGAGAUCCUGCCAAAAAGCAGCAUCCGAGACACAGUACAGGAUUGUGAUAAUACCCUCACACACAGGCAGCAUCUGUCCUCUGUUUUUCCACCCUUUCCUGUGUUGCUGUUCUGUAUAAACGGCACAGAUGCAGAAUAUGGGGAACAAGGCCACCCAGCAUUUUUCUGGCUUUUGUGGUAGUAUCAGAGGCGAGAAUCCUGACUGUAUAGGGGACACCAAAAAGGCAUACACUCAGGAGUCAAUUCUCCCAUACUUUUGAAUUGAAGGUAAUGGUUGCAAUUUGCACACCUGAUUACCUGAGUACAGGAUGCUGCGUCACUGCCAAAGCGCGCAGUGAAUGCACUCUUAACAUGUGGCUGCGUAAAAGGCACAAGUGAAUAAAUGUCUGCUGUUUGGAUGCUGUUGUACAGCAUCACUGUGUGAAAAAGGCUUCCGUUACUGCCUCUAAAACCAGAAAAUGUCCAGGGCGCCGUUCAAAUGCCGGCUUUUAGAGGCAGUUUGAAAUCAUGACGUGACGAUUGGUGCCGGGUGACAUCCAUGACUCUCAGCAUCCAAAUAUACAAUUUUAUUUUGUCUUCUCUAAUCCUGCUGUCUUAUCCGAGGUGCCUGCAGAAAUGUAGCAUGUGUGUGUUAGUCGGGGGACAUUUUGGGAACAUUUUAUCCUCUGAAAUAUUUGGACUAGACAAAAAAAAUUUAACUGACAGACUCGAUGCUUGUACUCAAGUUUGUUAAAAAGAGUGGGGGGGAGGUUUAAAAUGUACAUUGUUUUUUGUACCUUGGCUUUAAUUUAUUAAAUAUAUCUUAA